CACGGUCUUUGGUGGGAUUGCAUACGAGCAGAAAAGCAUGUCGUUGCAGUCGGGGAUUUUUAUGACGAAGAACCGCUUCACUGCAUGUAUAAAUUUGAUCGCAGUGCAGAACUGGUCAUCGAGAACACUCUGAACAACAUCGACGAGGAUGGUGCUGCCGGUGAAUCUGAGCACCAUCGAUUCUGGGGUAAAAUCUUUUUAUACCAGAGAAAUUCUAAUUUUCAUACAUUUUGUAUCAGUGAUUAA